AUGAGCACGGUCUCGCCGCCAAAACCGUGGGAGAGAGUGGGUGCUUCAGCUAAUACAACGACAGCCUCGUCUAAUACACCGAAUUUCUCGAGCAUGACCACAAGUACCAACGCAAUUUCUACGAGCACUUCAGAUCCUCCUGCGCUACCGUCACGACCGAGCACCCUGAACUCAGUGGUCAACCAAACGGCAUCGAAUUACUCCAACUAUGGGGCGUCACGAUUGGGCACAGGUGGUUAUGGCGGCUAUGGCGGAUAUCCCUCGUACUCAUCGCCGUACUCGCGCUUUGGUGGCAUGGGUGGCAUGUACGGAGGGGGAGCCUAUGGCGGCAUGUAUGGAGGAGGCAUGGGUGGCAUGUAUGGCGGAGGGAUGGGAGCGAUGCCAGGCAAUCCCAACGACCCAAACAGCCUAACGAACUCGUUCAAUCAAAGCACGCAAGCGACCUUCCAGAUCAUCGAAAGCAUUGUAGGCGCUUUUGGAGGAUUCGCCCAGAUGCUGGAGAGCACAUAUAUGGCAACCCACUCCUCGUUCUUCGCAAUGGUCUCAGUAGCCGAGCAGUUCGGCAACCUUCGCAACACCCUCGGCUCCGUCCUCGGAAUCUUCACCCUCCUCCGCUGGUUCCGCACCCUCCUCGCCAAACUCACCGGCCGCCCACCCCCAGCUGACGCCACUCCUUCAUGUCCGGCAACCGCAGCAACACCGGCGCCCUCUGGAAGAAGCGCGUCGUCAACAACAACUCACCGCCUCCGGUCACCACCUCUUGCCCCAAACCAACAACAAGACGCAAAUGUUAUCGACCCCUCCAAACUCGACUUCUGCCGCGUCCUCUACGACUACAACCCCCCUUUACAAUCCGCCGCCGCAGGCAUCGAUCUUCAGGUGAAAAAGGGCGACCUGGUCGCCGUGCUAAGUAAGACGGAUACCAUGGGCAAUCCGUCCGAGUGGUGGAGGUGCAGGGCUCGAGAUGGCAGCGUCGGAUAUCUUCCCAGUCCGUAUUUGGAGACGAUGCAGAGGAGGCAGCCGCCGGGAGGAAAUGUUCAGGGACGGAUUACGGCGGCCGCAGCAGCGGGGGGAAGUGGGGGAAGUGCGCCAGGCAGUAGGACGCAAACACUCAAGACGAUCAGUUCGAAGGAGGAGGCGAGGUCGAAGAGUUUGAGCAGUGUGGGCGUGGGCGCAGUCAAGGAGACGGAGUUUCGACACAGAACGGGCGAUGGUGGGGUAGAGAGUUUUCAGAAAAGCGCGUUUUACUCGUGA